CAUCUGCCUUUCCAAUACAAAUAAAUAAAUAAAUCUUUUUAAAAAAAUAGAACAGUUCUGCAACAGCAACGGCAAGUGGUAGACUUCACAGUCUGCUAGGUCAGCUCUUUUAGAAAAGAGGUGGCUUCUCCUUCCCUCCCUCUCGCUCUUCUCUUUGCAGAAACUGAGGCCACACAGUGGAUUUCAUGGCAAGGCGGGGCCUUGAGUUCCUGGCCUGUCCACCCUGUUGCAUUUCCGUAAUAAGCUGGUUUGGACCAAAGCAGCUUUUCUAACUCUGAAGUGCACAGGAAUGCGGACGACACACCGCUUCUUCUGUGGCAGGUGAAUGCUGAGCCUGAGAAAGUCUCACCUGCUCCCGGGGAUGCUGCUGGCGGUGCGUGCCUGCCACCGCAGUGUAAGGAGCAGUGGUGGACAGCACGAAUGGCCUGCUUUCCAGUUCUGGCUGACUGUCACAGGGCUGUCCCUCAGUUUGCUCAUCUAGAAAUAAGCAUAAUGCCUAACUGAUGGAAUUUUAGUUAAGAUUUGGUAAGUUCCUGGCGGCUGGUGCUUCCAAGUCCUGGCUGCACUGGUUCUGAAUGUGCUCCCUGCUGAUGCGCCUGGGAAAACUGUAGAAGAUGACCGAGGCCCUGGGGCGCUGCCACUCACGUGGGGGAACCAACGCGGGAGUUCCAGGCCUCGGCCUGGUCCAGCCUCAGUGUUUGCGGCCAUUUGGGGAAUGAAGAGGCAGAUGGGAAAAUCCCUCUCUCCCUGUAAACUCAGCCAUUCAAAGAAACAGAUCCUUAAAAAAGGCAUUAAGUUAUCUCACAUACAGUGAUUCCAACAGCAUGCAUUAAAAACCACUCUUUCAUUCCGUAGAGCGUGGAGCAAGCAGCUGUUGAAGUGGGGGGAGGGGGUGUCUGACGAAUGAUUGAAUGAAUCUCCGUUUGCAAAAAGGAAAGAAAGUUCUUUAUCGUGUGAGCAGGCUCCGAGAAGCAAACUGGGAAGGCCCCAUGGCUGGAGAAAGAGGCCCAACUCCCAGAAAAGUGCACUCCACCCGGGGGUCGGGAGGGCUGGUGCCCGGAAGCCGGCCGGCCUGUGCGGGGCAAGCCAAUGGGGCCGCUCCGAGGGAGGGGAAAGAGAGCCUUGCCAGCCCUUUCCGUCUGGGGGGCCGGUGGCUCCGCCUUCUGGAACGUAGCGACGUCCGAGCAUUCCACGGUUGCUACAUCGUCGCGAGGGGCGGGGCGCCUGUCAGGGAAGCGGCGCGCGCGGGCGGCGGGCGGGCCGGGGCUGCAGCGCUCAGUGCCAGCGCCUCGCCAGCGCCAGCGCCAGACCCGCGCGCCGCGCCACGCUCUCCGGCCCGCCGGCCCCGCGUCCCGACUGCGCGACUUCGCACUCCCCGCCGCGUCGCUUCUGCCCGAAGAUGGAGUUGCUCUGCUGCGAGGGUAGCUGGCAUGCGCCCCGGGCCGGGCCCGACCCGCGGCUGCUGGGGGACCAGCGUGUCCUGCAGAGUUUGCUCCGCCUGGAAGAGCGUUACGUGCCCCGAGCCUCCUACUUCCAGUGCGUGCAGAGGGAGAUCAAGCCGCACAUGAGGAAGAUGCUGGCGUACUGGAUGCUGGAGGACUGGGAGGCACUGGUGCUUGGAAAGCUCAAGUGGGACCUGGCUGCCGUGGUGGCACACGACUUCCUGGCCCUGAUUCUGCAUCGGCUUUCUCUGCCCAGCGACCGUCUGGCCUUGGUCAAGAAGCAUGCGCAGACCUUUCUGGCCCUCUGUGCUACAGAUUACACGUUUGCCAUGUACCCGCCAUCCAUGAUCGCAACUGGCAGCAUUGGGGCCGCAGUGCAAGGCCUGGGUGCCUGCUCCACAUCCGGGGAUGAGCUCACCGAACUGCUGGCGGGGAUCACAGGCACUGAAGUGGACUGCCUGAGGGCCUGCCAGGAGCAGAUUGAAGCUGCGCUCAGGGAGAGCCUCAGAGAAGCUUCGCAGACCACUCCAAACCCACCGCCCAAAGCCCCACGGGGCUCCAGCAGCCAGGGGCCCAGCCAGACCAGCACUCCCACAGAUGUCACUGCCAUCCAUCUGUAGCCCUGGACAGGCCCCCUCAAGUGGCCACCAAGCAGGGUAGGGGCCACUGCCACUGCCACCCCCCUCCCUGCCUCCAGGAACGAUCCAUGCCAUAUCGGAAGCCCGAGGGGGCUCCCAUUCCACUCCCCACAUUAUCAAGCCCAAGGGGUCAGGCCCCGCCUCUCCCCGCAGUGUGCACUAAGGGGCCUGACCGGCCAUGUGCAUCUGGGCAGCUGGUCGGCCCCUCCUCCCCUCCAGGUCUGAGCAGCUCAGCUCCGUUCCUGACUUCAGCCAGGGCUAGGCUGCUCAGACAUCCAAACAAGUAAAGCUCUGCACCAGCCCUCUACUCCGAGGCCCAUCUUCCCAGGGGGAGCUUGUGUUCUCAACUGCCAAAAAAAAAAAAAGCUAAAAACAAAAAAAAAAAACAAAAAACGAGAGAAAAAUGCCUCUGUGCCUUACAAAGGUGUUACCCCUUCUAGGGUUACUGCAUUUGGAUUUGGGGUCCUUUGGGCAUUCUGACAGACUAAGGGGCAACAGUCGCCAGUCCCUCCCAGCAUAUGGAGGCCUCUGUAACCCAUGCUCUCUGCUGCUCCUAGAGGGAGCACCUCCUGCUUUGCUUCCGCUCAGCUUCUCUUGUGGGGUUGAGGGGUUCGGUGCUGAAGGAACAGGUUGUUUUAAUUUAUUAAUUGUUUUGAGUACAACUGUAAGAGGGUGCCAUGGGGCCCACGCCCCCCGCCCCAAGUGGGUGACUCUAGUGGUUGCUGUUUGCCUCCCCUCUGAUACUGGCUAGAGAGCUUUGUGGCCCAGGAGCUGCUACAGCCUGGGUUUGGGGCCAUGUCCUCCUCUCCCUUGGGCCCUCCUGCUCCAUCCUCUGGCCGGGAGGAGGAAGCAGAGAUGCCCUGGAGGUGGCUGAGCCCCAUCUGGAGAGGGAGGCAAGCCCUGUUGACACAGGUCUUUCCUAAGGCCACAAGGUUUAUUAGACUGGUGGCCCAGGACCAUCAUGCUACCUUAAUAAAAGAUUCUGGAAUAAA